CCGGUCGGGUCGUGAUCCAAAAUCCUUUUUAACAGCAAAGCCCUAACUGCCGCCGAUAAUCUUCCUUUCCUUCUCCAUAAACCCUUACUUUCCCAAACCUUCUCAAGCUUCGCUCUCAAGAGAUGGCGAAAUGUGGUAAAAAGAGCAAGAGUAAGAGGAUAACCUUGAAGCAGAAGAGCAAGGUUCUAAGAAAGGUGAAGGCGCACCACAAGAAGAAAGCAAAGGAAGCUAAUAAGCUCGGGUUUAACCGUAAGCCAAAAGUAGAGAAGGAUCCAGGUAUCCCCAAUGACUGGCCUUUAAAGGAGGAAGAGCUUAAGGCUUUAGAAGCUCGACGUGCCCGUGCCCUCGAGGAGAUUGAACAUAAGAAAGAGGCCCAUAAAGAAAAGGCCAAAAAGAGGAAGCUUGUUGAUGUGGAUGAGGAUACCAAGACAGAAGAAGGAUAUGGAGAAGGGAAGAGUGGAGAUGACUUAACUAAACUUGUCAAUGUUCGAGAUAACUCGGAGAGGGCUUUCUACAAGGAGCUUGUGAAAGUCAUUGACUUAUCUGAUGUCAUUCUCGAGGUUCUUGAUGCUCGUGAUCCUCUCGGCACGCGUUGUACCGACAUGGAGAGGAUGGUGAUGCAAGCUGGUCCUAAUAAGCACCUCGUGUUGCUUCUCAACAAGAUUGAUCUUGUUCCGAGAGAGGCUGCUGAGAAAUGGCUUAAGUACCUUAGGGAAGAGUUUCCAGCUGUUGCCUUUAAAUGUAGCACACAGGAACAGAGAUCAAACUUGGGUUGGAAAUCAUCAAAGGCAUCAAAACCAAGCAAUAUUUUGCAGACGAGUGAUUGUCUUGGAGCAGACACUCUUAUCAAAUUGCUGAAGAACUACUCAAGAAGUCAUGAGUUGAAAAAAUCUAUUACAGUUGGUAUUAUUGGACUUCCCAAUGUUGGGAAGAGUAGUCUUAUCAACAGUUUGAAGAGAGCUCAUGUUGUCAAUGUUGGUGCCACUCCUGGACUGACUAGGUCUCUGCAAGAGGUUCAUUUAGACAAAAACGUGAAGCUACUAGAUUGUCCUGGAGUUGUGAUGCUCAAAUCUUCAGCUAAUGAUGCUUCUAUAGCUCUCCGGAACUGUAAAAGAAUCGAGAAGCUGGAAGAUCCAGUUAGUCCAGUGAAGGAGAUUCUCAAGCUUUGUUCAUCACAAAUGCUGGUGACUCUGUACAAGAUCCCGAGCUUUGAGGCAGUUGAUGAUUUUCUUUAUAAAGUAGCCACCGUUAGGGGUAAGCUUAAGAAGGGUGGUCUUGUGGAUAUCGAAGCUGCUGCGAGGAUUGUGUUGCAUGACUGGAAUGAAGGUAAAAUUCCAUUCUAUACAAUGCCGCCAAAGAGGGACCAAGGUGAACACGCAGAGUCAAAGAUUGUGACAGAGUUGGCUAAGGAGUUCAACAUCGAUGAGGUUUACAGUGGUGAAUCUUCUUUUAUUGGGAGUUUGAAGACUGUUAGCGACUUCAACCCUGUUGAGAUUCCUUCGAAUGGUCCUCUCAACUUCGAUGAAACUAUGACCGAGGAUGGGUCUAAGACUGAGACCACAGAAGAGGAUGUUGGUCUUAUGAAUGAUGAUGAGUCUAUGGGAGGGGAAGAGGAGGAGGAAGACACAGGAAAGUUGAAGUCAGAAGCGAGCAGGCAGAACAGGAAGCUAUACGCAGCUGAAAGCAUGUUGAAUACAAAGAAGCAGAAAGCAGAGAAGAAUAAAAGGAAGAAGGCGAAGAGAGCAGCAGGUGGUGGUGAGGAUGCCAUGGACGGAGAUUAUGAUUUCAAAGAUACAGACAUGAUGGAUGAAGGAGACGGUUUCCAUAUCGAUGCUAAAAUACCAAUGUCUGUACUUCUUGAUUUGCCUGAAGAAUGA